GUAUAGGUCCAUUGAUUCCCACAUGGAGGAUGUGGGACCCAUCUAUAAUCACAGGGUUGAGAUAUCCAUCUUCUUUAUUAUCUACAUCAUCAUAAUUGCUUUCUUCAUGAUGAACAUCUUCGUUGGUUUCGUCAUCGUCACAUUUCAGGAACAAGGAGAACAAGAAUACAAGAACUGUGAGCUGGACAAAAACCAGCGCCAGUGUGUAGAGUAUGCCUUGAAGGCCCGGCCGCUGCGGAGGUACAUCCCUAAAAACCAGUACCAGUACAAAGUCUGGUACGUGGUGAACUCCACCUAUUUUGAAUACCUGAUGUUCGUUCUGAUCCUGCUGAACACCAUCUGCCUGGCCAUGCAACACUACGGUCAGAGCUGCAUGUUCAAGGAAGCCAUGAAUAUCCUCAACAUGCUCUUCACCGGCCUCUUCACUGUUGAGAUGGUUCUGAAAUUAAUCGCCUUCAAACCCAAGGGUUACUUUAGUGAUCCUUGGAAUGUUUUUGACUUCCUCAUCGUAAUUGGCAGCAUUAUAGACGUCAUUCUCAGUGAAACUAAUCACUAUUUCUGUGAUGCAUGGAAUACAUUUGACGCCUUGAUUGUUGUGGGUAGCAUUGUUGAUAUAGCAAUCACCGAGGUGAACCCAGCUGAACAUACCCAAUGCUCUUCCUCUAUGAACGCAGAGGAAAACUCUCGCAUCUCAAUCACCUUCUUCCGACUCUUCCGCGUGAUGCGUCUUGUGAAGCUCCUGAGCCGAGGGGAGGGCAUCCGGACGCUGCUUUGGACCUUCAUCAAGUCCUUCCAGGCUCUUCCCUAUGUGGCUCUUUUAAUAGUGAUGUUGUUCUUCAUCUACGCCGUGAUCGGGAUGCAGGUGUUUGGUAAAAUUGCGCUGAAUGAUACCACAGAAAUCAACCGCAACAACAACUUCCAGACCUUCCCCCAGGCAGUGCUGCUGCUUUUCAGGUGUGCCACCGGUGAGGCCUGGCAGGAAAUCAUGCUGGCGUGCCUCCCAGACAAGAAGUGUGACCCGGAGUCGGAACCGGCCAACUCCACGGAGGCCGAUCACUCCUGUGGGAGCAGCUUCGCCGUCUUCUACUUCAUCAGCUUCUACAUGCUCUGUGCCUUCCUGAUCAUCAACCUUUUUGUAGCUGUUAUUAUGGAUAACUUUGAUUACCUGACACGAGACUGGUCCAUUUUAGGACCACACCACUUGGAUGAGUUUAAAAGGAUCUGGGCAGAGUAUGACCCUGAAGCCAAGGGACGGAUCAAGCAUUUGGAUGUGGUGACACUGCUCCGGCGGAUUCAGCCACCCCUGGGCUUUGGGAAGCUCUGUCCUCAUCGAGUGGCUUGCAAACGCCUUGUCUCCAUGAAUAUGCCACUGAAUAGUGAUGGGACUGUCAUGUUCAAUGCUACUCUCUUUGCACUGGUCAGAACAGCACUGAGGAUAAAGACAGAAGGUAACUUGGAGCAAGCCAAUGAAGAGCUGAGAGCAAUAAUUAAAAAAAUCUGGAAACGUACCAGUAUGAAGCUGCUGGACCAGGUGGUGCCCCCCGCAGGUGAUGACGAGGUGACCGUUGGCAAGUUCUAUGCCACCUUCCUCAUCCAGGAGUAUUUCCGGAAGUUCAAGAAGCGUAAAGAGCAGGGCCUGGUGGGCAAGCCCUCCCAGCGCAAUGCUCUCUCUCUGCAGUUUGCCGUUUUGCAGGCUGGUCUGCGUACGCUCCAUGACAUCGGGCCAGAGAUCCGACGAGCAAUCUCGGGAGACCUGACAGCUGAAGAGGAGCUGGAUAAGGCCAUGAAAGAAGCUGUUUCGGCUGCCUCCGAAGAUGAUAUAUUCCGGAGAGCGGGAGGCCUGUUUGGAAACCACGUCAGCUAUUACCAAAGUGAUGGCAGAAGCGCGUUCCCCCAGACAUUCACCACACAGCGACCUUUGCACAUCAACAAGUCUGGCAACAACCAGGGAGAUACCGAGUCUCCAUCUCAUGAGAAGCUGGUAGACUCCACUUUCACUCCCAGCAGCUACUCAUCGUCAGGUUCCAAUGCCAACAUCAACAACGCCAACAACACUGCCUUGUGCCGCUUCCCCAGCCCACCCAGCUACCCCAGCACUGUCAGCACAGUAGAAGGCCACAGCACCCCCUUGUCCCCCACCAUACGUGUGCAGGAGGCCUCCUGGAAACUACCCUCCAAAAGGACGCAUUACUAUGAAACACUGGGACGCUCCAGUUCCAGAGACAGCCAGCUGGCAAUUGUUUGCCAAGAGGAAGUUUCUCAGGAUGAGACUUAUGAGGAGAAUUUGAAUGAAGACAUGGAGUACUGCAGUGAACCAAGCCUGAUCUCUACCGAAAUGCUUUCCUACCAGGACGAUGAAAAUAGACAACUGACUCCACCAGAAAACAGCAAAGGAGAGGACACCCGGCAUUCCCCCAAGAAAGGGUUUCUGUGCUCCUCCUCACUAGGUCGAAGAGCAUCUUUUCACUUAGAGUGUCUGAAAAGACAGAAAAACCAGGGUGUAGAUGUCUCACAGAAGACAGUUCUGCCUUUGCAUCUGGUACACCAUCAGGAUUUUAUCAUUCCCUGAAGAAUGCUACAGGAACAUAUCCUCCAGAGUUAGCCGAGUUACCAUUAUCUGAUGUCCUUGAAAGGGAAGAAUAAAAAACUAACUAAAAUGUCAAGAUAAAAAUAACUACCCAAAUUGCACACUGCACUGUAAUUACACUGGCUUUGAUGAUAGUACUCAUAUGAAUAAAAUGUGCAAGGUCUACUUCUAUAUUAAUUAAAGGUAACCAGU